AUGGGAAACGUUAUGAUAAGAAGAAACAAAAAAGCAAAGGUAAUGAAAAUAAACGGAGAAACCUUCAAGCUAAAAACUCCUGCACAAGCAAACGACGUCGUUAAACACUAUCCCGGUCACGCUCUUCUCGACUCGCAAGCCGUUAAACAGUUCGGGCUUCGGGCCAAGCCGCUUGAGCCCUACCAAGAACUAAAGCCCAAGAAAAUCUACUUCUUAGUUGAAUUACCCAAGCUUCAGCCCGAGCCGGUGCCACGGAGGGCACGAUCUACUGGCUUACGUGGCAUGAAUGCUAUGGAGAGGCUCGAUUUUUUGAUGUUGUCGAAACGGAGCGUUUCGGAUGUGUCUUUGGUGAAACGGUCCGGUUUGGGUGAGGGUGGGGCGGGUUUGGUGAGGGAUGGGUCGACUCGGGUGAAAAUGAGGCUGCCGAAGGCGCAAUUGGAUAGGUUGAUGGAGGAGAGUUGCGACGGAACGGAGGUGGCGGAGAAGAUUUUGAGUUUGUAUAUGGGGAAUAAUGCCGCCGUGGAGACUGGUGGUGGAACGGCUGAAGCCAAAAUUGAGAUUCAUAAUCAAAGGUCACGAAGGAAACGAGUGAGUUUCAGUCCAGUUGAAGAAGGAGACAUUCAUGAAGAAGCAGGAGCUCAAUAG